GCCAAGCGCAUUGGGAAAGCUUACGUUUCAUUCCUUCAUCCGGUGUCAACCAUGCGAUGGCUGGCCACGGUGCUGACAGGCUGGGCGGCCUCCACAGAUCCCCAGGUGGCCCUGCGGAGCGACGUGGAGAGGGUGUUGCACAGCUAUUGGCGAGGCCGAGAGGGUUACAAAAUUUCAGCCAAAGAGGAGAAGCGCCUGAAUCGUGGCGUUGAUGCCGGCACUUACGGGGAGCUGGCGCCUGAAGGCGCACGACUCUUGGCGGAGGAAUGGGGCCUUUGCUCUUCUACAGAGUCGGUCUUUGCAGACCUUGGCAGCGGAGUUGGCAAGCUGGUAGCACAGGCGUACCUGGAGUGGCCGGUCCUGCGCAGCCGUGGCGUGGAGCUCUCGGUCUCCAGGCACCGCCGGGCCCUUGAGGCCUGGGAGGCGCUGCUGCUCAGCGAGGAGGCCUACGAGCUGCGACGACAGGCCCUCGGUCUGCGAGGUAUUUCCAGGGAGCCGGAUCCGCUGGAGGAGGUACAACUGCUACAGGGGGACCUGUUGGAUGCUGACAUUAGUGAUGUGACGCACAUCUACUUGAGCUCCUUGUGCUUCUCAGAGUCCAUGAUGUUCGAGGUGGCCCACAAGUUGCAAAAGGAGGCCGUCCACCUGCGCGGCUUGGCAUCGCUGCGGCCGCUGCCGCGAGCCGGAGGUGCCGCCCGGCUGCUCGAGCUGCCGAUGUCCUGGAGCCAGCGAGCCCAUGGCAUGAGAGCGCGCACGCGGCCCUCGCUGGCGGUGGACCUGGCGGACCUCUACGACGACUUUGCCAUCGGAUGGAAUGAGCUCUUUGACGAGGAGCCUGGGUUGAAGCCAGCGAAAGAGCUGGCGAAGGAGCCUGCUCCGACUGCCAAGGGCAAGAAGGUACCAGUGCCGCCCUACCUGCGCAUCGGAGGAGGCAAGCGCAGUGUCAUCGAGCGUGGCAUGAAAGAGCGAGUGCUCUUUUGCCCCGCAAACCAGAUCCGGAAGCCCGCGGAGGCCGUAGAGCUGGAGCUGGAGCAGCUGAGGUCGCAGCUGCUGAAGGAGCACCAGACGCAGCGCCGGGAGCGCCGCCUGCUGCGGCGCCUGAGGCGCCGCUGCCGGCCCCAGGCCGAAGAGUUGGAAGGCCUGGAGAGGUUGAGGCUGAUGCCGCUGGAGCUUCCGAGGAUGGAGCGCAAGCAGAGCGCUCGGUCCUUCUUCUCGCAGCUGGGCCAAAAGCGGCUCACGGACGUGCCGCACUCGGCGCGGUGA